AGUUUCAAUCGGGUCUAAGACGGUGUCGGAUCAAAAAUAAAAAGACUAAAAGUGAACAAAUCCUUUUCUUUUAGAAUUUUUCUAGAUGAUGUGAAAGUGUUUGAGUGCAAAAGGCGAUCCGAAAAUUAUUGAAGAAAUUUGAAUAGAAAAAAUUAAGAAAAAUAUCAAGGAAAAGUUUGAUGAUCAUUGACUUUUGAUUUAGUGGAAAAUUCUGUCGAUUGCUUAAGAUUGCCUCAAAAUUUGUGCUUGUGAAAGGCAAAAAUAAGCAGGUUAAAAGUGUGAAAAGUGUUACAUAACCAAUUCCGCGUUUCAUGGGAUUAUCCACAAAUGUGGUCACGCGAUCAUUGAUUGAUUAAAUGUUACUUAUGUGUGAAGUGAAGAAGUGAAAUGUCAGAUCAACAUAAUAAACAGCCGCCUAAAGGCUGGAUGCGAGCGUCAGCAUCGCCAAUGAGAGCAAAUGCGUCGAGAUUAAUGUCACCAACACCGAAUUCAGUGCCUAGACAGAGAUCUCCAACACCAACAUUUAAUGCUCGUUCAUUAGCUGACGCUUCAACGUUCAAUCCAAAUCAACAGCAAUCGCCACAUCCACCAUUGCGACGAUUGCCACCAACACCAACUGGAUUUACAACGGUUUAUGAUUCGCAGCGAUUUUCUCCUGCUCAUCCACCGCCACCACUUUAUCAACAACCGAAACCUACUACUUCAUUUAAUCAACCGAAAGUUCCAAUGUCGCCUUUGAAUUUUCCUAGUGAUGCUUCUGUAGCAAAACCUUUUCGAAACACCUUUUCACCAACACCUUCUGCACCAACUCCUAGUAGUAUUCCACCAUUUUCUCCACCUCCAACUCCCCAGUAUAUGUACAUGGACAAUGAUCGUCAAAUGAAAACGGUGAACGACUUUUAUGUUGUUCCAUUGGAACCAGCAAAUCUAUCCAAGGAUAUUUCAGUUUAUGAACAAGACGAAGCACGUCCAUCAACUGCAGACAUUAUUGCACAACAAUCGCAAGAUUAUGUCGAUGAAAAACUGGCAGAAUAUCAAGCUACAAUCAGUCUGCUUCAGGCACUAAUUGCAUCAAAAGUGAAAGUUUUGCUUUUGUUCAUGUUUUGCGUGGGUGGUAAUGUUGAUUGCGGCGUUUUCGCAAGAUUAAAAUGUAAACAAAAAGAAUUGAGAGAAUUUAAAUUAUGA